CCCAUCCCAACCCCCAAAAUACACACACACCCUCUGAUAGAUGGGUAUAAAUGGACAGUCUGCUGUCUGAGUGGAUCAUUUUGUGUUGGACCUUUCGACCUGAAUUGCAGAGAAGUCUGUUUCUUUUUGUCAAGGUUGUUGCUUUCUGAAGGGCGUUCUGUGAGGAGUUUCUGAGUGUUUGGCAGCCUCUGCGGGUGUGUUUUAUAUCAGACAGCUAUGAGUGGUAAAUACAGUGUGGUGUUACAGGGUCCGGCCCCCUGGGGCUUCAGACUGCAGGGGGGGAAAGACUUCAACAUGCCUCUCUCCAUCUCACGGCUGUCGGAUGGAGGAAAGGCUGCUAAAGCAGGAGUGGCCGUGGGAGAUCAGGUCCUGUCCAUCGACGGCAUCAGCACUGACGGCAUGAACCACCUCGAGGCUCAGAACAAGAUCAAAUCCAGCACAGACAAACUCAGCCUCUCCUUACAGAAGGUGCAUUUACACAGAUCAAAUGUAGUUCUCCUCUCUAUAUUGGAGGAGUUCCUAAUUAUGAUAUUACUAAGACGAGCGCUGGCGUCCUGAGACCCUUCAGUGGAA